AGGCCAGCUUCCCGUGUCAACCUCCCAUCACUCAACGCACACGAUCACCACCACCGUCAUUGAAGCCGCCGAAACCUUCCAGUAUCCUCUUUGACUGCCAUCGCAUCCAUAUCUUUCUUUCGAAAAAGACAUUGACAUAGCCAAGCCGGCGUCAAGGUGCCGCAUCUUCAGCUUUCGCGAUGCCUUCCGCCACUGGCCAGAGCUGGGAGAAGUACCAGAAGAACUUCGCCGAUGACGAAGUUGAAGAGAAGAAGAUCACACCCCUCACCGAUGAAGAUAUCCAGGUUCUGAAAACCUACGGCGCUGCGCCGUAUGGUGCCGCUAUCAAGAAGCUGGAGCAGCAGAUCAAGGAGAAGCAAGCGAGCGUAGAUGAGAAGAUUGGUGUCAAGGAAUCUGAUACUGGUCUCGCACCACCGCACCUUUGGGACGUCGCCGCCGAUCGUCAACGAAUGUCGGAAGAACAACCACUGCAGGUGGCACGCUGCACGAAGAUCAUUUUGGACGAAAAGGACGACUCCAAAAGCAAAUACGUCAUCAAUGUCAAGCAGAUCGCCAAGUUUGUUGUACAACUCGGCGAGCGCGUCAGCCCUACAGAUAUUGAGGAGGGCAUGCGGGUUGGAGUCGACAGGAACAAAUACCAAAUCCUGCUCCCGCUGCCGCCCAAGAUCGACGCUAGCGUCACCAUGAUGACGGUCGAAGAGAAGCCCGAUGUCACGUAUGGUGACGUUGGUGGCUGCAAGGAGCAAGUCGAGAAGCUACGCGAGGUCGUCGAGAUGCCUCUGCUAUCGCCGGAACGAUUUGUCAACCUGGGCAUCGACCCUCCGAAGGGCGCCCUUCUCUACGGACCUCCUGGAACCGGAAAGACCCUCUGCGCCCGCGCUGUCGCGAAUCGAACAGACGCCACCUUUAUUCGUGUCAUUGGUAGCGAGUUGGUUCAGAAGUACGUCGGUGAAGGCGCGAGGAUGGUCCGCGAGCUGUUCGAAAUGGCGCGGACGAAGAAGGCCUGUAUCAUCUUCUUCGAUGAAAUCGAUGCCGUGGGUGGUGCCCGUUUCGACGAUGGUGCUGGAGGCGACAACGAAGUGCAGAGGACAAUGUUGGAACUGAUCACGCAACUGGACGGUUUCGAUGCCCGCGGCAACAUCAAGGUCAUGUUUGCCACCAACAGGCCUUCGACCCUUGAUCCCGCCCUCAUGCGACCUGGCCGUAUUGAUCGCAAGAUCGAGUUCUCUCUGCCCGAUCUCGAGGGCCGCGCCAACAUUCUGCGUAUUCAUGCCAAGAGCAUGUCCGUCGAGCGUGAUAUUCGAUGGGAGCUUAUUUCACGCCUGUGUCCCAACGCGACCGGUGCCGAGCUUCGCAGCGUGUGCACCGAGGCGGGCAUGUUCGCCAUUCGCGCCAGGAGAAAGGUUGCGACCGAGAAGGACUUCCUCAGUGCAGUCGAGAAGGUCAUUAAGGGCAACCUGAAGUUCAACUCGACUGCCAGCUACAUGCAGUACAACUAAGCGCGGAGGGGUUGCAGGGCGUGUAUUCAAGCUGUAAUUGUAGACACGGGAUCGGCUGGCUUUUAGAGGCUUGACGUCGAGACCCCUGAUGCGGGAUGAAUAGAUCGUGCUGAGAAUCAUUACCGCUGGACAUGGACGAUUUGGAGUCUAGUACCACAAUCGAAAUGCCGGGCUUGCAAACC